AUAUUCUGGUUAAAGUAAUUUCAGAGAAGUGAUUCGUGAAGGGAGGUUUUUAGUAUUUUAUUUACCGCGAAAUGCUUUCCCAGCCCUCUGACCAUAGCUGUCAGCUGUCAGCUGGACGACUUCGCUGAGUUCGCUCUUUCUUGAAUAUAUGUUUCUGGAUCGUACUAAGACUUGAGCUUCCUUGUUCAAUGCAGUCCGCUAAACCAGGGAUCGUUAGUUUUCCACGUCUGUUAAUCUGUUAUUCCGCUGUUUUCUUUCUACUCCAUCGAGCUCUUUGGUUUAUGAUGCCCUGUUCUGCAUUUCGAACUCGGAUUCGACCAUGGCUCCGGGAUUACGAUAAGAUUCAAUCCUUUGCUGUUUUUCUCAUCCACAUUCAAAUCGGUUGUGCAUUGGUCGGAUCUCUUGGAGCAUUGUACAACGGUGUGUUACUGAUCAAUUUGGCGAUAGCAUUAUUUGCCCUUGUUGCAAUAGAGAGUAGCAGCCAGAGCCUUGCUCGUACCUAUGCCGUUCUUCUUGGUUGUGCUAUCUUCCUAGAUAUAUCGUGGUUCAUCCUCUUCUCUCACCAGAUAUGGAAUAUUUCUCCUAAGAAUUAUGGAGCCUUUUUCGUCUUUUCACUGAGACUCGCUCUAUUCAUGCAAAUUGUUGGGUUUUGUGUGAGGGUGGCUUCUUCAUUAUUAUGGAUUCGAAUGUACAAAUUGGGUGCUUCAUAUGAAGACAAUGCACUCUCUCGAGAAGCAGAUUCGGAUUUAAGAAAUAGUUUUUUGAAUCCCCCAGCUCAUAUUAUGGUUAGACAGAACUCUGAUUGCGAUGUCUUUUUAGGAGGAUCUAUUUAUGACCCAGCUUAUUACUCAUCUCUCUUUGAAGAUGCUCAAGAAAAUGGAUCUCUGGACCACAAACACGGCAUUAGUGACAAUGGUGGCAAUUCAUGUGCUACAGAAGCUUCACAGCUGAAGUCAUGCAUCAGCAGAUCUUUUCAGCUUAUUGAUGAUGAGAGUGCAAUAAACAAAUCCCCAAACUUCUGAUUUGAGUAUAGCGGCUGGUAAGUAUUCUGUUUGGCAUUGACUUCCUACAUUACUGCUAAGUACUCUUUUUCCUUGCACAUAUUGGACCUGAUAGUGACAGUGCAAAAAGUGGGUUUUUGUGCAGUUAGAAUCUUUACCCAAAAUUGAUCUCUGCUAAUUCUCAAAGGCUAAUACCAAAGGUUUAGCAAUGAAGGUGGUAUUGUCUCUGUGAAUAACAUGGAUCUCACAUGGCACAGCUUCAAGUUCACAUUAUUUGAAGCAUUUCGCUCUGAACAGGUGCUUCCUUCUGUACCAUAUCUCAUCAGAUGUUUAUACUAUAUUUGUGGAUUGAAGGCAGUACAUGAUUCACAAAACCUUGGAACUCUUGUAUAGAGGUCCUGGAUGGCACACCAGCCUUGCACUGUGCGUCAGAGAUGGCAGGAAAAGAUGACAUUAUAGAUGAUCCUUACUCUUGAUCAUGAUCUCAGAAAAGUGCCAAACAUCAUGUUUGAAUUAUGCCAAGUCAGUUUACUAAUCAGAAUGUAACAAUUCUUUUUGUUGAUAAUGAAAAAUGAGAUGUUGAUUCCUACUUGA